AUGCAUUUCUUGUCCACAGCCAUCCUUUUGACUGGUCUUAUCGCCACUGUCCUUGGCCAGAAUGGCACGAAGAUCGGUUAUUCUGGCAAGUUUUCUACCCUUUCAGGAGGCCUUCAAGGAACCGUUACCGUCAUAAACUCCACUACACUGAAGAUCAGCAACUACGAACUCCAAGAUGCAUCUGCCCCCGCUCUAUACUGGUGGGGAGCAACUAACUCGGACUUGAAAGACGGUUUCCGCAUCUCAAACAUGCAUAUCACUAUUCCUACUAAGAAUCCUAGUGAGAUGACUAUCGAACUGGAUGCGGGAAAAACAAUUAUGGACUUCAGCGUCGUCGGUCUUUGGUGUGAGAAAUUUGGGAUCGACUUCGGCCAAACUACUCUCGCGGCCGAUGGCAGUAGUGGUGCGACGACAGCCUCUGUAACAGCGGCCAGUACAACGUCAGCAACAUCUUCUACUACAUCUACCAGUGCUGCCAUCAGACAGGCAGUUUCGGUAUCCACAGUACUGGCAGGUCUCUUUGCAAGUGCCUUAUUCUUCUAG